CUCAUGUUGUCUUGCAGGCUGCAGUCUUAACGUUCUCAGGCAAUCAGGAAGAAGUAUCAAAAGAAGCAACCAAGUCAGAAAGAAAGUGUGUCUGAGACCAGUUAACACACCAAAGGACCCACACUGAAAACAGAGGAUAAUUUCCCUUCACUGGCUAAGAUGAGGAGGACAGAGAAACCUCUUUGCAAGCAGCAAUCUACUCCCAACCUCGGGAAGGAGAUGCCUCGUCAGUUCCCGAAGAUCGCCCUGAGCGAGGUGGAUGAGCAGGUGCGGCUGAUGGCUGAGCGGGUAUACGCAUCGGCGCUGAAGGAGGAGAACAUCAAGGAUACGCUGUCCAUGUUCACCAUGCCUGAGGACUGCCCCAUCGGACUGCACCAGGCCAAGGAGCACGAGAUUCUCAAGGAGAUGGCAGAGCAGCAUUCCGAGCAGAGUGCCAAGAGAAAGAAGAAUCUGAUGCUAAGGCGCUCCCAAUCCUUGUCCCAGCAGUACCCCAAUGUGUGCCCAGACUGGGCGUUCACGGUCAUCUCUCCCCUCCUCUCCCCAACCGAUGCCACGGACGGCAAAAAGAGUGUCCCCGAUUUCCAGCGGGUCACCAUCAGCGGCGACUACUGUGCAGGGGUCACUGUGGAGGACUAUGAGCAGGCCGCCAGGAGUCUGCUCAAAGCGCUGUUCAUCCGGGAGAAGUACUCCAAGCUGGCGUACCACCACUUCCCCCGCACCACUGCACGCUUCCUCCGCAACGCCAGCGCCGAGAAGUGGAGCGAGGAGGAUGAAGUCAUGCCAGACAUCUGCCCCUGCCCUGGUGAGGGGGAGGACCCGUACACUAUGGAGGACGUCCCCCAGGACUUGAACUACGAGCUGAAGAUGAAGGACGGCAUCAUAUACGUGUACGACAACGCCGAAGCCCUGAAGCAGGAGCAGCCGCGCAGCCUGCCCUACCCCGACCUGGAGACCUUCGCCAUUGACCUAAGCCACGUGCUCGCCAUGAUCGCCGACGGGCCCACGAAGACCUACUGCCAUAGACGUCUAAACUUCUUGGCCUCCAAGUUCUACCUCCAUGAAAUGAUGAAUGAGAUGGCGGAACUGAAGGAAUUGAAGGGCGUUCCUCACCGAGAUUUCUACAACGUCCGAAAGGUGGACACCCACAUCCAUGCAGCUGCCUGCAUGAACCAAAAGCACCUGCUGAAGUUCAUCCAGACCACUUGUAAGACGGAAGCUGACCGUGUGGUCAUGGAGAAGAAUGGCCAGAAGAUGACCCUGAAGAAGGUGUUCCAGAACCUGGCCAUGGACCCCUAUGACCUCACUGUGGACUCAUUGGAUGUACAUGCGGGAAGACAAACUUUCCACAGAUUUGACAAAUUCAACUCCAAGUACAACCCUGUUGGAGCCAGUGAGCUUAGAGAGAUCUACCUGAAAACCGACAACUACAUUAAUGGAGAAUACUUUGCACGGAUUGUUAAGGAGGUGUCUCAUGAUCUGGAGGAGAGUAAGUACCAGUAUGCUGAGCCCCGUCUGUCCAUCUACGGACGCUCCCCGAAAGAGUGGGAGCAUCUGGCCAAGUGGUUCAUCCAGCACAAGGUCCACUCCCCCAACAUGCGCUGGAUCAUCCAGGUGCCCAGGAUCUAUGACAUUUUUAGAUUAAAGAAAAUAGUUCCCAACUUUGCAAAGAUGUUGGAAAACAUCUUCCUGCCGCUCUUUGAAGCCACUGUCAAUCCUCAGCAGCACAAGGAGAUGCAUGUAUUCCUGAAAUAUGUAACUGGCUUUGACAGUGUGGAUGAUGAGUCAAAGCACAGCGAUCACAUGUUCUCUUACAAAAGCCCCAAACCAGAGCAGUGGACCACAGAAGAUAACCCCCCCUACAGUUACUACCUCUUCCAUAUGUACGCCAACAUCAUGGUGCUCAACAACCUCCGCAAGGAACGUGGCCUGAGCACCUUCCAGUUCCGUCCCCAUUGUGGCGAGGCCGGGUCCAUCACCCACCUGGUGUCUGCCUUCCUCACCGCCGAUAACAUCUCCCACGGACUCAACCUCAAGAAGAGUCCCGUGCUGCAGUACCUGUACUACCUAGCCCAGGUGCCCAUCGCCAUGUCGCCCCUGAGCAACAACAGCCUGUUCCUAGAGUACUCCAAGAACCCACUCAGAGAGUUCCUCCAGAAAGGCCUGUCUGUAUCCCUGUCCACCGACGACCCAAUGCAGUUCCACUACACCAAGGAACCUUUGAUGGAGGAGUAUGCCAUCGCUGCCCAGCUGUGGAAGCUCAGCACCUGCGACGUGUGUGAGAUCGCCAGGAACAGCGUACUGCAGAGUGGCCUCUCACACCAGGACAAGAAGCACUUCCUGGGUGAAAACUACUUGGAGGAUGGCCCUGAGGGCAACGACAUCAGACGGACCAACGUGGCACAGAUCCGCGUGGCCUACCGACACGAGACGCUGUGCAAUGAGCUCUGCUUCCUGGUGGAGGCGGUCAAGGCAGAGGACCAGGCAGCGGCACAGUGACCAGCUUCGUGAUCUGAAGAGAGUAGGUGGAGAUUGGGGUGGGUAGACAGGAGUACAGGGGGGUCUCUACGGCUUUAGAUAGCACAAGCAGUCCACCCAGUCACCUACGACCUUCAUUACCCAGCUGACCAUUGCCUUAUACACCAAAUAUGGCUGCCUUCAUGUCCAAAAGCAUGAAAGGUAGAAAGCGAGUAAAUCUGUACCAGAGAAACAGUUGCGAUGCACCC